GUGAUUGGGCUUAUCCCUCAUAUUAUUCUCCUUUCCAGAGCUGGCAUCAGGGAUGGGCAUCAAUGGGGCAUAUGCCAAAGGUCCACUAACGCCACUUCCGUGUCCAUAACCUCCAUGUGGUGGUGAUGACGGAGUGCCUCUCUCGGGGGGAUUGCUCCUUCCCCUCCAGUUUUCCAGAGAAGCCAAGAAAGUCCGCCUCUCCUGCCCGCCCUUUCCUCAUUCCUCGAUAACUCAAGCCAUAUGCCCUAGAAAUGGGAGAAGACUGCAAAGGGGACAACCAGGAAGGUUGAUUUCAAGCCAAUUGCCUCUCCCAGGCAAGGAGUCCCAUCAGAGCAAUCAUGCCACAGCUGGGCUUCUUCCUAACAACCUUCCUCCCAUUUCUCUGCUUCCUCCCUGCAACGUCCCCUGGGCACUGCCAAUCUUUCCCCGGAUCUGUCUGUGAUAAACAUACAGGCUUUGUGCCAGGGCACAACUUGAUUGGCGAGGGGGUGGACAUCACCACGCUGGAGAGAAAGGUGGCCUAUGUGGUGGACAUCAGCCGGUGGCAGGGCAAAAAUGGGACGUGCGUCAUGUGCCAGAAUCCACUGAUGGGGGGCCAGCUGCAGAAACUCCCCCUGGAUAUCGCAGACUGGCGGGUGCACGGGAUGUACCGCUGGAAAGAAAGCAGCUCCAUGGAGUAUUCUGAUGUGAGUGUGGCCAAUGAUAUGGCCACCGAGGUGAAGAAUGACUGGAAAACAGAGCUGGGGUUGUCCCAGGAGCUGAUGGGAGAGUUGGGCUUGCCCACGAUCCAGGUGGCCUUUGCUGGCUCUCGAUCCAAGGUAACCCUUCAGGCUCAUAGGCUCUCUCGUCAGGACAGGUAUAGCUUUCUGAGGCACGAGUUCUCCUGCGAGCACUAUAGGCUGAGGCUCCACAAUCAGCCACAGCUCUCCUCUGACUUCUUUCAAGCUGUAGCCAGACUGCCAAGGAAGUUUGACCCUGAGGAGUACAGACGUUUCAUCAGUAUCUAUGGCACCCACUACAUCAGCCAAGUGCACCUGGGCGGGCGUGUGCGCCAUCUCCUGGCCCUGCAGACUUGCAGAAUGGCCCUGGAGGGAGCUAAAGUGGAUGACGUCAAGAAAUGCUUGACCUUGGAUAUCUCUCUAGGAGCCAAGGUGCUGUUCGGUUCCAUCAGCUCCAAGUGCUUGGACCAAUGGAGGGGCCAAGCGAAAGAACUCUUCUCUGUCAGCUACCACAAGCAGAGCAUGGACGUGGUGGGAGGAGUGGUGGGAGGAGACAGCCUGGACACGGUGCGGUCUUCGGGUGCUGGGGAGGUCCACGGCGUCUCAGAAUGGAUGGCGAGUGUCAAAGCCAGGCCCGAGGUGAUUGCUUAUUCCCUCCAGCCGCUGCACACCUUGCUGACGCGAAGAGAUGCAAAGAGGGUACCACUGAGGGAAGCUUUGAAAAACUAUAUCACACAGAGGGCCCUGAGGAGGGACUGCAGCCAACAGUGCCCCUAUGGGGGAUACUGGAACUCAGACGACUCCUGCACAUGCAUGUGCCAAGCUGACGCGGUCAACAACAACAUGUGUUGUGCGUGGAAGCCGGGCAGGGCCCGCCUCAAAUUUCACAUAAAAAGAGGAUUCAGCCUUUGGGGUGACCACUUCAGUGCCACCGAUGCCUACAUCAAAGUUUUCUUUCAGGGCCGGGAAAUGCGGACCAGAGUCGUCAGGGGCAAUAAUGACCCCUGGUGGGGUGAAACACUGGACUUCGGGGCCAUCACGCUAUCUGGCUUUAACCUUUUUAAGGUGGAGAUCUGGGACAGUGAUGUCUGGAAUGAUGAUAGGCUGGACUAUUGCUAUGGGAAGUUGGAGGCUGGACACCACGCCCGUAACUGCUAUGCCGAUUAUGGACACAUUGAGUAUUCCUCCGAGGUGGAGUGUGGCCACGGCCUCGGUGGCCCCAGCUGCCAUCACUAUUCGCCUCUGCACAUGCCAGUGUCUCGUUUCAAUGACAGUAGCCCUUGGCACAGAGACUGGCACUGAUGAGGUAACAGUGGCCUCAUUAGCCAUGGUCACUCAGUAUGAGACCAAGUUGGGACCAGUGUUCCCUGUUGUUGACUACAGCUCCCAUCAUUCCCAGCUGCAAUGGCCUUUGGUGCAAGGGAUUAUGGGAGUUCCAGUUGACAACAUCUGGGAAUCCCUGUUACAGGGAAUGCUGGUCCCAACUUUGUUGGGACCAGGGCAAAUGUUGCCAAGCUGGAGCAUAGACAGUGUAAUGUGGCAGAUUAGCGGGGGGGGGGGGGAGGGGCUAGCGAUUCUGCAGGUGAGGUUUGUCAGGACCAAGCAGUCAUUUUUGUGGCCCUUGGGUAUGCCUCCCUAUCACAGGUCCCUUCUACCUUCUCUUCUUCCUGGGCCAUGGCAGCUGCCUCAACGUGCUGACCUUUGACACUGGAAGUGGGGGGACAAGGAACAAAGCCACCUUUAUCAGGUCAGCUCUGAAAGUGACUGGUUUUACAGAGCCUCCAGAACCUGCCACAUACAGUAACCCACUAAAUUCUCUUCCCAGAACCAGGAUUGGGGUUGUUGUGAACCUACAAAGCUGCAUUAUACUGAGUCAGAUCUGUGGUUCAUCUAUUCUAGCCCAAUAAUGGCCUGGGUCUCACAGUCAUUUAAAUCUAGGUUUAAUGUGGGUUAUUUGCAUUAGCAUGAUUGUGUGAACACAUGCUGAGGUGGUUGCUGGGACAAGAUGAAUCUGAGAUUCCCACCUUGGUGUGGGUUCACACAAUCAUGUUAAUGUUGGCAAAUGGCAACCCACAUUAAACCUAGAUUUCAAUGAUUGUAUGAACCAGGCCAACAUUUACUUAGACUACUAGGUGUUCUCCAGCAUUUCAGGCCAAGAUCUUGCCCAGCCUUGCUACUUGCAAUUCUUCCUGUAUGCAACUAUGAUCCUAUAUGCAACUAUGCUCAGGUGAUACCCACAAAUAAUUAUGCAUAUACGGGUGAGGUCACCAGCUUUUCUUUCUUUCUCAGACAUAAAUAUCUAACUCCUGUGUCACUAGGAUAUACAGCAUUUGAUUAUGCCUGUGCUGUUUGUAACAACUGAACCUCUCUUUCAUUUAUGCAUCAUAUCCUAUAUUUAGAAUAUUGUUUUUUUUAAGAAUAUACUGCAAGGGGUGGGGGUGGGAAUGUCUCAAUAUAAUUGAACUUUGUUCUUGGUUUAAAACAAACACACAAAAGGAUUAUUCUAUGCAGAAUAUAAACUCAUAGAAGAAUAACACAGUAAUCUCUAGCUAAAAUACACAGAACCCCCAACUCUAUCUGAGCCCAUGGAAGAAGUGGUGAGAAUGAAGAUCUUAGCAAUGCUCAGGGAUGAUCCUUUCAUGAGGCAAGUUGAGGUGUUUGCCUCAAGCAAUGGAUUAUUGGGGCACUAAUUGGGCAGCAGGAUGCCCACUGUCACCUAAACUCCCUCCCUCGGCUGCCCCCCACAAUCACUAGAUCUAUGUUUCUGGUAAACCAUGGGGACUAUGUUAUUAUUGGCACUAUAUUAAUUAAGGUGUACAGAAAGUUUAUUCAGGUCUAGAAUAAACAUACCUUAC